AUGGAGGGCUCUGGCAAGAUGGAGAGUGGAGCUGGCCAGCAGCCGCAGCCCCCGCAGCCUUUCCUGCCGCCUGCAGCCUGCUUCUUUGCUACGGCGGCGGCGGCAGCAGCAGCCGCCCCCGCGCCGCAGCAGGCGCCGCAGCUGAGCCCAGUGGCCGACGGCCAGCCCUCAGGGGGCGGGCACAAGUCAGCGGCCAAGCAGGUCAAGCGCCAGCGCUCGUCCUCUCCCGAACUGAUGCGCUGCACACGCCGGCUCAAUUUCAGCGGCUUCGGCUCCAGCCUGCCGCAGCAGCAGCCCGCCGCCGUGGCGCGCCGCAACGAGCGCGAGCGCAACAGGGUCAAGUUGGUCAACCUGGGCUUUGCCACUCUCCGGGAGCACGUCCCCAAUGGCGCUGCCAACAAGAAGAUGAGCAAGGUGGAGACGCUGCGCUCCGCGGUCGAGUACAUCCGAGCUCUGCAGCAGCUGCUGGACGAACACGACGCGGUGAGCGCUGCCUUCCAGGCGGGCGUCCUGUCGCCCACCAUCUCCCCCAACUACUCCAAUGACAUGAACUCUAUGGCGGGUUCUCCGGUCUCAUCCUACUCCUCCGACGAGGGAUCCUAUGACCCUCUCAGUCCAGAGGAACAGGAACUGCUAGACUUCACCAACUGGUUCUGA